UAUUUGGAAGUGUUCAAAAAGUCUUGAGAUGGUGGGUGGAGUUUUUUUCAUGAAUAGGCAGUUUGAAAGUUCCUCAUUGAUUAGGGUAUAAAAAGGCUGGCUUGGAGGCAGCCAUGAUCUGCUGUCGAGAAUCACACUGAAAGAACGUCGGACGGCCCACCCCAGCCCUGUGAAGAAGCAAAAUGAAGGCUGCUUUUCUUCUUUCUCUGCUUUGCAGUUUGACACUCACCUUGGCUUUCGUCUGUGGACCUCUCCCAAAAGAGAAAUUUGAGACGUGUGACAGCAAAGGAUUGAGCAACUGCACCAAAAUCGGACGCUCGUGUUACCAGUACUUCCGAGGGCCUCUGUCUUUUUAUUGUGCCAAUGAGUUUUGCAGAAGUCGAGGGUGUGGAGGACACCUGGCUUCAAUCCACAGUUCAAGGGAGAACAACUUGGUCUUUAAUCUUGUGCGGCGAGGGAACCCCUCGAACCCAAGAGGCUGGAUCGGGGGGCUCAGGUUUCCCAAGACUAACCUCUUCAUAUGGUCUGAUGGGACAAAAUGGAAUUAUAAUUACUGGGCAUCAAACCAGCCUGACAACUGGCAAAGCAACGAGGAUUGUGUUCAUUUCACCGAAUACAAUGCCUCACGCUGGAACGACCUGAGCUGCACUACUCCGCAGGGUUUCGUCUGCAAAUUUCACCAUCGAGGCUGAAGACAAGAGGGGCGACUGAGGAUGAUAACAGUGCUUUUACCGCUUUCUGCUUGUUGGAAAUAAAUAAAUAAAUAGUCCUGCAGUGGUAGAAUAGGAGGAGUAAGAAUACACCACGUUAUCGAUGAGUCACGAUACUUUCUUUACAUGAUACAGCAGUGUGCACAUUUAUUAGGUAAGGCUCUGUGAAACCAUCGGUAAUGCUAAUCAGAAUGUGUGAAACCAGCCAUAAUGCACCCAUAAUAUGUGAAACCAGCCCUAAUGCUAAUCAGAAUGUGUGAAACCAGUCAUAAUGCAAUCAUAAUAUGUGAAACCAGCCCUAAUGCUAAUCAGAAUGUGUGAAACCAGCCCUAGAUUACAAUGUUUAAUACAUAGCUUCAAGACACUCAAAACCACCAGUAUCUGAAAUAUUCAUCUGCUUGACUUAAAGGUUUUGCCCUGCAUUGUAAAAUCAGUUUCGAAGAUCACUAGGCUAUUAACAACAAGAGGGUGACUGCAGUCCAAGUUAUCAGCCUUAAAUGGCUGCAUGGCCUUACUAUGGAACGGAACUGAACUGAACAAAUUGGUACGAUUGGAUUUAGAUUCAUAUUUUAUUCAACCGUUAAACCCUGUUUUAUAUUAUAUUUCAUUAAUGCAAUCUGUCUUCAUUUACUCGAUUUUAUUUAUUAUAUAUUUUUUUCUUUUACAAAUAUGAUAUAUAGAGAAUAAUGCACGGGGUAGUGUGUGAUAUGAGAAUGCCCACCCGAGGGGCGGGAUGUUACAUUAACCCAGAGGGCGAAGGCCGUGGGGGCAUUCAAUUCUCAUUUAUCUCACACUACCCUAUGCACUGUUUUUUAUAAUCUCUGGUGAGCAAUUUGUUUUCCCCGGGGUGUUGACUCGGCAGAAUCCAGGUAUAUAUACGUAAUGCAGCAUCUAAAUUUUCAGAGGAUUUAUAAUGUUUUUUGUCUUAGCAUUCUGUAAUUCUGAUUGGUUCAGAAAAGCUAUAACAACAUUUAAAAAAAGCAAUCCAGUAUAUUAAAAAAUACUUUAUUGGUUAAAACCCCCCCCCCAUCACAUUUCAGCUUGGAUGAAGGCAAUGCUAAGUUGAAACACUUUGUUUUUUUAAUGUUCUUUUUGUAUCCAAUAAAUUGUCAUUUGCGGGGGUUUCCUUUCCUUUCUUUCGAAGCGGCACGUUUCAGACCUGUGCACUGUAGCUAACCAUGUCAAGUACUCGUGUAUAUAUGUGUGUGUGUGUGUGUGUGUGUGUGUGUGUGAGGUUCUACACUGUAUCGCAGUUUGGACUUGCAAAGCCUUUUAUGCAAUAAAGCUUUUUAAAGCAU